AUGUCAACAACUCCAACAUCCACAAAAACCAACUCUGAAGCAAAAAUAUUGGUAUUAGGCGGUACUGGACUUGUUGGGUCAAAUUUUUUAAAAGAAGCACAAGAAUCAUCUUUCAUUAUUAAAAUCAUCACUAUUUCAAGAAGAGAAUUACCACCGCAAUUUGGAUCAUUAUCAAAACUUUCAUCAAUUGUUGAACCAGACACUGAGAAAUGGAAUGAUGUUAUUUCACAAAUGGAAUCAUUUGAUAUUGUAUUUUCAGGAAUUGGAACCACCAAGGGAGAUGCUAAAGGAUUUGAAAAUCAAAAAUUAAUAGAUCAUGAUUUGAAUUUGAGAUUAGCUAAAGCUUCAAAGGCAAAAGGUGUUAAAAUAUUCAUGAUGGUGACAAGUUUCAACAAUCCAUAUCUAACAUUAGCAUUUCCAUAUUUUGCAUUAAAGAAACAGAUUGAGGACGAUAUUAUCAAGCUUGGUUUCCAAAAGACAAUUUUUUUGAGGCCAGGACCUCUAGUUGGUGAUAGAUCACUUUUAAAACCAAAACAAUCAUUUGCAAGCACCAUGUCCAGUAUCAUUGCUAGUAUUACUUAUAACACACCAUGUUCCACAUUGUUGGGAGUUUCAAUCAAAGCACAAGAGGUUGCAGAAGCUGGGAUGUUCUUAUUAGAAACGAACGUCCAUUUAGAAGGUGUUCAAUAUGUAACUAGUCAAGAGAUGUUUGAAUUGGCCUAUGCCUUGGAAGGGAUUUGA